AGGCGCGAGCUUACGCGCGCGCAUCAUCCCCGGGGGGGCGUAGGCUGCGCUCCCCCCCCUCCUCCCGUCCCGGCGCCUGCGUCCUCGUGGCCCGGCGCCCCUGAUAGCGCACACCUGCCGGAGGCCGCGGCGCCCACACAGGCGCCGCAGCAUCAUCUCGCGGUCUGGUCCUGGACUCCGCGAUGUCGGAGAAGCCGGUCGACCACGUCCGGCACCACCGCGGCCGCGCCCCGCCUGAGGGAGGCGCCCCAGGCCUCGGCCCGAUCGACCACGCGCGGCAGCACCGAGCGCGCGCGGCGCUGGCCGGCGAGCGGGACAAGCUGCUGAAGAAUGGCACCGAGCGCCUCAACAUGAACAAGUUCGUCGGGCGCACCACCAAGGACAGGUCCCGCGCUCUCCUCACCGCCCUGGCGCUGGCGACGGCGGGCAUGGCCGGCUACGCCGUGAUGAUCGCCGAGUGGUUCUUGGCCUUCCACAGCUCCCUUGCGCAGACGAUGGUCGUGCUGGUCGUGCUGCUGUGCCUCUCGGCCGGGCUGACCGUGUGCUCCGCCCGCAGGGCACUGGGAAAGGACCGCCCCUGGCUCCGCUACCUGGGCGCGCUCCUGUUCGUCUCCACUGUGACCGGUGCGCUGGCCGGAUUCCUCCUGUACUACAAGUACAUCGUCUACUAUUGGAAGUACAGCGAGAUGCGCACCUACACUAACGUCGCCGCGGCCCAGAGCUCCGUGGCCUUCCAGGACGG